AUGGGUCGGCUCGACAACCAGGUUGCCAUCGUCACCGGAGCGGGGGCUGGUUUCGGUGAGGCGAUUGCGAAGCACUACGCUGAGGAGGGUGCCAAGGUGCUCGUCUGCGACCUCAACGACGAAGCGGGCGAGAAGGUGGCAGCGCAGUCCGAGGCUUUCUCGUUCCAGCAUAUCGACGUCUCCAAGAAGCAGGACUGGGAUGCUGCCAUUCAACGAGCCGUUGAGCUGUGGGGGAAAGUCGACAUCCUCGUGAACAACGCCGGCACGACGUACAAGAACAAGUCAACAAACGAGGUGACCGAGGACGAGUUCGAUCGAGUGUUCGCAGUCAACGUCAAGGGCGUCUACUUGGGCUGCAAUGCCUAUACGGCGCAGGUGCUGAAGCAGGGCACUCCGGGCGCAAUUGUCAACAUUGCGUCAGUGGGGGCGCACCGUCCCAGGCCAGGGCUCGUCUGGUACAAUGCGUCAAAGUCGGCCAUUGCAAACGCUACCAUGGGCCUCGCGGCUGAAUAUGGGCCCAAAAAGAUCCGGGUCAACUCCAUCUGUCCGCUGGCGACGAUGACGGGGCUGCUGGAGCAGUUCAUGGGCACAGCCAUCACCGAAGAGGUCAAGGCGAAGAUAGUGUCAGGGGUGCCGUUGGGAAGGUUGGGUGAGCUGCGCGACGUCACGAAUGCGGCCGUCUGGCUGGCGAGCGACGAGGCGUCAUUUGUGACCGGAGUCAACCUUGAUGUCGACGGAGGACGGGCGAUUUGA